AUGUUAUCAAGACAAAUACUUCGUAAUAUUGCCAGGGGUUCGCUGGCACGCCGUGUUGGAGGAGUCCGUUUGUUAUCACAAUCGAAGAUAACUUCUUUUGCCACAAACGCUGCUGAAUCGAAUUCAGGAGCUAAUGCUACUGUGGUUAUUGGCAACGCACAAGCUCCAGAUGGAUCGGCCAUCACUUUAAAGACAGCUUCCAGAGAUGAGUCUCUCUUUGGUACUAGACCAAUUUACCUUGAUGUGCAAGCCACAACUCCUACAGACCCAAGAGUCUUAGAUAAGAUGAUGGAAUUCUACACUGGACUCUAUGGAAAUCCACAUUCAUCAACACACUCUUAUGGGUGGGAGACUGAAAAGGAAGUGGAGAAAGCUCGUUCUUACAUUGCGGACGUGAUAAAUGCGGAUCCCAAGGAAAUUAUCUUCACAUCUGGAGCCACAGAAUCUAACAACAUGUCUAUUAAGGGUGUUCCAAGAUUUUACAAGAAAACUAAAAACCAUAUUAUUACCACCCAAACUGAGCAUAAGUGUGUCUUAGAUUCGGCUAGACACUUGCAAGAUGAAGGGUAUGAAGUUACUUAUUUACCAGUAAACGAAGAAGGUUUAAUAAGCUUGGACGACUUGAAAAAGGCUAUCAGAAAGGAAACUUGUUUAGUUUCUGUCAUGGCCGUAAACAAUGAAAUUGGAGUCAUUCAACCAUUAAAAGAAAUUGGUCAAAUCUGCCGUUCUAAGAAGAUUUUCUUCCAUACUGAUGCAGCUCAGGCAUACGGUAAGAUUGACAUUGAUGUAAAUGAAAUGAACAUCGACUUAUUGUCUAUUUCGUCCCACAAGAUCUAUGGGCCAAAGGGAAUCGGUGCAUGUUACGUAAGAAGACGUCCAAGAGUUAGAUUAGACCCUAUCAUUACUGGUGGUGGUCAAGAAAGAGGUUUAAGAUCAGGUACUUUAGCACCUCCAUUAGUUGCAGGAUUCGGUGAAGCUGCAAGAAUAAUGAAGCAAGAUAUGAAAUACGAUCAGGAAUACAUUCAUAGACUUUCUGAAAAAUUGAAGAAGGGAUUAUUAUCAAUUCCAUCCACUCAAUUGAAUGGUAGUUUAGAUCCUGCAUCCCAGUACCCUGGAUGUGUUAACAUUUCUUUUGCCUACAUUGAAGGUGAAUCAUUGUUAAUGGCCUUAAAGGACAUCGCUUUAUCUUCAGGUUCCGCUUGUACUUCAGCAUCCUUGGAACCUUCCUAUGUCUUACAUGCUCUUGGAGCGGAUGAUGCCUUAGCACAUUCUUCCAUUAGAUUCGGUAUUGGUAGAUUUACUACUGAAGCUGAAAUUGACUAUGUCGUAGCUGCUAUUCAAGAAAGAGUUGACUUCUUAAGGAAGAUGUCUCCCUUAUGGGAAAUGGUUCAAGAAGGAAUUGACUUAAACACAAUUGAAUGGAGUGGUCAUUAA